GGCCGGAGCGGGAAGAUGGCGCUGCGGGCCGGGCCCGGCGCGGCGGGCGGUGGAGCGGCGGGCGCCGGCGGAGCUGGAGCGGCGGGAGGCGCGGGGGCAGCCGGCUUCAUGUUCCCUGUGGCAGGCGCUUUGGGCCCCCCUCAAGGGAUGAUUCCUAUGCAACAGCAAGGAUUUCCAAUGGUUCCCGUCAUGCAGUCCAACAUGCCAGGCAUGAUGGGCAUGAAUUAUGGCUCUCAAAUGCCUCCUGGACCCAUGGCCAUGCAGGGUGGCAUGUCCUUAGGGCCAAUGCCAGCGACUGGAAUGCCUUACAUGGGACAGGCUUCUUUCAUAGGGAUGCGCCCGGCAGCCCCGCAGUACAGCCCUGACAUGCAGAAGCAGUUUGCAGAGGAGCAGCAAAAGAGGUUUGAGCACCAGCAGAAGUUUUUGGAAGAAGAACGAAAACGGCGCCAGUUUGAAGAGCAGAAGCAAAAGCUGAGGCUUUUAAGCAGUGUGAAACCUAAGACAGGUGAAAAAAGCAGAGAUGAUGCACUGGAAGCCAUUAAAGGAAAUCUAGAUGGUUUUUCUAGGGAUGCUAAAAUGCAUCCAACACCAGCAUCGCAUCCGAAAAAGCCAGAUCAUCCCACAUCAUCAUCCCAUUCUGCUGUAUCUGUUUCCCACUCUGCUUUUCUUGAUGAUGAAGAAUUUAGUGACUUUAUACAAGGGCCUACUGAAAGCCCCAGAGCGGUGCCUCAGCCCACCUCUCAGCCUUUCCAGCCUUUCCUUUCUGCUGAGGCUGGACAACUGCUUUCAGAAAAGGCUGUGGUCCAACCUCUCCCUCCAACCCAGACUCCAGUGUUAUCCAUCCUGCAUGGUACAGCUGGGCAGGUUCCCUUUUUUCCUACCUCUGCAUCUUCACCCAGUAUCCAUAAAACAGGCUCUUCCUUGGAGGAGAAAGUCUUAGAUAAUGGCUUAAAUGAAUCUGAGCAAGAGCAAACCAAACUUAAAGCAUCUGAAGUUGGGCACAAAGCCUCGGCUGCAGGCCAAGCUCGUCCCAGUCUAGCCGUCAAUGACUGGGCUCUUGUAGGUGGACAUGAAAGUGGUACCACUGCUGCAGAGGUGCACAAGGCUUCAGAACAAAACAUAGCAAUUGAAGAGUGUGGUGUAGGAGUGUUCCCUUCGCAGGAUCCAAUUCAGCAAAUGAUGCCUCCUUGGAUUUACAACGAUAGCUUGGUUCCAGAAUUGUAUAAGAAAAUUUUAGAGACAACUUUGACUCCUGCUGGGAUAGAUACUGCUAAGCUGUAUCCCAUACUGAUGUCGUCUGGACUGCCCAGAGAGACUCUUGGACAGAUAUGGGCUCUAGCCAAUAGAACCACUCCUGGGAAGCUUACAAAAGAAGAGCUCUAUGCUGUCCUGGCGAUGAUAGCAGUAACUCAGAGGGGAAUCCCUGCAGUGAGUCCCGACAUGUUAAACCAGUUUCCAGCUGCCCCCGUCCCUACUUUAUCCGGGUUUCCGAUGCCGCUGCCUGCCGCAGUGAGCCAGCAGCCCCUGCUGCCCGCGGGGCCGCCCGCCUCCUUGCCGCUGAGCAUCGGGCCGCCGGUGAUGGGCCUGGGCAUCUCGGCAGCGGCGCCAGCGGGCGGAGCUGCAGCGCCACCAGCGGGAGCCUUUGCACCCUCCUACCCGCCCGGCCAGGUAGGAAAACCAGAAGAUGAUGACUUCCAGGAGUUUCAGGAUGCUUCAAAGUCUGGCUCCUUAGACGACUCUUUCACUGAUUUCCAAGGGGAUGGAGCUGGCUCUUCCAAAGCAGCCAGCUCACAGCAGCGGAGCAGUGUUCCUUCUUUACUCAUGCCACUCCCAGGUAACAAGACACUCUCAUCAACUGAUAAGUAUGCUGUGUUUAAAGGAAUUGCAGCUGAGAAGCCAGAAAGUACAGUGACUUUUGGAGAUUCUGGAGACAAGUACAGUGCUUUCCGUGAAUUGGAGCAGCCAUCAGAGAGCAAGUAUGGAGGAGAUAACCUUGCAGAAUUCAAGGCUGCAGGAACCGAUGAUGGCUUCACAGAUUUUAAAACCGCUGACAGCAUCUCGCCAUUAGAGCCACCUACAAAGGACAAAACUUUCCCCACUUCCUUCCCUUCCUUACCUGCCCAGUCGAAACAGCAAACGCAAGCUAAGGCCUCUUUUAACCUAGCAGACUUGGACCUCUUUUCCUCUACUGGAGAAAACAAGCAGCUGUCCUUUCCACCUGCAUUUAAUGCUUCAAAACCAUCCUCCUUUCCCCCACCACCAUCCACCACUGCCCAGCCAGCACCUAGCAAAAGCUCCAGCUUAGCUGAUGAGUUUGGAGAGUUCAACCUUUUUGGGGAGUUUUCUAAUAGCGCAUCGGCCAGCGGACAAGACGACUUUGCAGAUUUCAUGGCUUUCAACAAUAGCAGUGGGUUUUCUGAACAAAAACCAGAUGACAAAUACAAUGCACUUAAGGCAGAGACCAGCCCUGUUCCUCAGCCCGGCUCAUCUGCCAGCACAGGGAGGAGUGGGCAGAACUCGGCCACCGCCGCUACGCCCACCAAAUACGACAUCUUCAAGCAGCUCUCUCUGGAAGGCUCUGGAGCAGGCUUUGAGGAGACAAAGGACAGCACGCUCUCCUCAGUGAAGAGCGAUGAUGAUUUUGCCGAUUUUCACUCAAACAAGUUUUCUUCCACGUGCAGCAGCGCAGAGAAGUCUCUGGUGGACAAAGUCGCAGCUUUCAAGCAGGCCAAAGAAGACUCUGCUUCGGUGAAGUCUCUGGAUCUCCCUUCUAUUGGUGGCAGCAGCGUUGGCAAGGAGGAUUCUGAAGAUGCGUUGUCUGUUCAGUUUGACAUGAAACUGACUGAUGUGGAAGGAGAUCUUAAGCAUGUCAUGUCUGAUAGCUCUUUGGAUUUGCCAACAGUUAGUGGCCAGCAUCCGCCAGCAGCAGAUAUAGACGAAUUAAAAUGUGCCCCGUUUGGAAGCUAUAACAGUGGGUCUGCAGUCAGCAGCCUGGCAAGCUAUGACUGGUCUGACAAAGACGACAUUCAGCAAGGCAAGAAGUCCUCCUUUGCCCAGGCUUCAGGAAGUGGAUCCUCUGCAGCUACUUCUGUUCUUCAGAAGAAGGAGACCUUGUUUGGCAGCUCAGAAAACAUCACCAUGACAACUGUUUCCAAAGUGACGACGUUUUCUAGUGAAGAUGCUUUACAGGAUGUUUCAUUUGCAGCCUUUGCAAACUUUAAAGACUCCGGACCAAUAUCCAGUGGUCCAAGUGAUGAUGACAAUGGAGACUUUGGUGAGUUUGCGAGACCUUCGUCAGAAGCACGAGAUGCAGCAGCUGACCCAAACCAAGAGGCAGACUUCCUCGCCGGCGGGAUCUCCUCUGAAAUCCAGAGAGAAUCCAUAGAUGAAUUUGGAGAAUUCCAAAGUGAAAAGCCAAAAAUCAGCAAAUUUGACUUCUUAGUGGCAACAUCCCAAGGCAAGGUGAAAUCUAGCGAAGAAAUGAUCAAGAGUGAGCUGGCGACCUUUGACCUGUCUGUUCAAGGGUCUCAUAAGAGGAGCCUAAGCCUGGGUGACAGAGAAAUAAGCCGCUCCUCACCUUUACCAGCCCUGGAACAGCCAUUUAGGGAUCGCUCAAAUACUCUGAGUGAGAAGCCUGCUCUGCCUGUCAUCCGGGACAAAUACAAAGACCUGACUGGGGAGGUUGAGGAAAGUGAGAGGUACGCGUAUGAGUGGCAGAGGUGCCUGGAGAGCGCCCUGCAGGUCAUAAAGAAAGCAAAUGAUACCUUGAAUGGAAUAAGCAGCUCAUCCGUUUGCACUGAGGUUAUCCAGUCUGCUCAAGGCAUGGAAUAUUUGCUGGGGGUUGUUGAGGUGUACAGAGUAACAAAGAGAGUUGAACUGGGAAUCAAAGCAACUGCUGUUUGUAGUGAGAAACUCCAACAGCUGCUGAAGGAUAUAGAUAAAGUGUGGAACAACCUCAUAAGCUUCAUGUCACUUGCUGCUUUAACGCCAGAUGAAAACUCACUGGAUUUCUCUUCUUGUAUGCUGCGCCCAGGGAUUAAAAACGCCCAAGACCUUGCCUGUGGAGUGUGCCUCCUAAAUGUGGAUUCCAGAAGUAAAAAAGAAGAGAAACCUGUGGAAGAGCUUCCUAAAAAAGCCUUCAAUUCAGAAACGGAUAAUUUUAAGCUGGCAUAUGGAGGGCACCAGUACCAUGCGAGCUGUGCAAACUUCUGGAUCAACUGUGUGGAACCAAAGCCUCCGGGUCUCAUUUUGCCAGACCUGCUCUGAAAUGGUUGUGCCGAAGGUGGAGGAUCAGGUGAAAUGAAUGGUGUGAUCGAGUGAGUGGAAAGGAUUCUUCGUUUGAAAUGCUUCAUUUUGGCUUUUGUACAAUCGUGAAUGAAAGCCACUGCCACAUAUAGAAGUUCACCAUGAAGAAUUCUCCUGGAAAUGGCUGGGGUUUCAGAAACAUCUGGGAAAAAUUGUCGAGUGGCGUAAAAUGUGGCAUUUCAAUCUUUAUCAAGAUGAGGGUGGGCUGGCCUCUGUCAAACAAACAAGCAGUCUGCUAACCAAAUGCAGACCUCAGAGAGGACAUAGCUUCCAAGGUGAACUGAAGUGUUAGAUUGAUUUGCAUAGAAAUGACUACUUAAGUACUCAAAGUAGGUACUGUCAAACAAAUCUUUUCUUAAUGUUUUUGGUGUCUGGACCAUGAUGUUUUUCUUUAAAUGUUUGCUGCUCUACUAUUACAUGCACACAGUGCUCAAGUCGUGGUUACUUUCAAGGCAAAGUAUUUUACUGAAUUACUGAUAUGGGAGGAAUUAGAUGGCAGAGAGGUGUUCUAUAUUCAUGCUGUCACCGUUCUGAAUUGUAAAUUAUACCAUAUUCAAACUCCUAAGUAGUUAGUACUGGAGGAUAAGAACUUGGAAAAUUGUUACAAGUUUCCCCUUCGUAUCCAGGUUCUUUAGUGCAGACAGCUGGGUUUGGGAACUUGCAGUCUGUGCUGUUCUCUGCAAAUCCUAGGUGACCUCCCUUCUUGGACUUGUCCUAAACUAUGGGUGGGGUUUGUUUUGCCCAGUGCUUUGGUGGUUGUGUGACUGCAUCACUGUUGAAAAUUGGACUCCACUGUUGCCAUGUCUGCUCCUGUGUAUAUUACCUUUUUGUAUUUUAACAUGUGUUACUUGAUGGGAUGCCUGCAUGUAACGUGUGCAACCUAGUGCUGGCUGUAAUAAUGUGUUUUCCUGACUCCCAGAAUUGGCAGCACAGGUGGGCCUCAGCUCCUGCUGGGGACAGGUGUGAUCUCACCCUGGAAGCUGUCUCCUCAAGCAGGCUGUCUGCUGAAGCAGUCUGUUGCCAGUCUGCUGUUCUGUUGCUUUCAGGAGGGGCGCCUGCCUAAACAGGAAGAAGUCAUAGACCUACUGCAAAGUGUUACGCAGACAUCUAAAAUACCUGACUCUUUCUUCCAGUGCAACACCCAGAUAACAGUGCCAUCAGCAGCUACUUUGGGAAUUUUAAAUCCAUUGGGAGCUUCAUGGCAUUAUUUUAACAGCCUUACCUCUGCACAGUUUUGUUCAGUUUGCAGAGAAUGCACUGUGGUGUGUAUCCAUCAGGUACAUCUUGCUGCUUAAUUCUUUGACUUGUCAAAGUUGAAAGUCCCUUUUCUCCAAGGAUGUCAACAGCUUUUCCAGCUUUGCCUUGCCUCCAUUAUGAAUAACUGACAUUGACCCCUAAUCAUUUGCUGAAAUUGAAAUUAUAAAGAGGAAAAGAGCAGUUCAGGAAAGUGGACAUUCACAAGUCCAUGGGCCCCGAUGGGAUGCAGUACUGAGGGAGCUGACUUAUGUGACUGUGGGGCCCCUUUCUGUCAUCUCUGCUCAAUUGUGGCAAAUGGGAGAAGUUCCCAAAGACUGGAAGCAAGCACACGUCCUCUUGUCUGUAAAAAGAAGGACCCAGGGAACCUCAUAGGUCACUCAGCCUCACCUCAGUCCCUGCAGGGUGAUGGAGCAGCUCGUCCUGGAAACCAUUUCCAGGUACACGAGGGAGAAGGAAAUAACAGGAGUAGGCAGUGUGGCUUCACAAGGGGAAGUCGUGCCUGAUGAGUUUCAGUAGUGAUAUCUGCAGCCUGAUGGUGCUGGGGUUGGAGCAGGUGGGCCCUGAGGUUCCUUCAACCCUAGCCAUUCUGUGGUUCUGUGAUUGAUUUAUUUACUAAUUCUUAACUAUACUAAACUAUUAAUUAUGCCAAAUGAAAGAAUCUUGGCUAACAGGAGUGUUAGAUGUCUGGUCCCUUAUUCAGACAAAUUAAAAUCAACCUUCCUGCUGCCUGAGAUUAGCUCAUUCAAGGAACAACAACUCGUGCCUCCAAUUGCAAGCUCAAGCUCAUCAAAUGGUGGAUUUUUCAUCAUGUGACAGUGACUGCUUGCCUUCUGCUGCCCAGUAAUUAUAUGUUUAAAAAAAACAAAAGGCAGUCACUAUUUGCUGUUUCAUUUAUUAGGCAUGAAACAGUGACAGCACCAUAGCUUCUGAGAUUGUUUUCCCUGCUAAUGAGGGGCUGCAUGCAUCACCAGGGUAAGUGUUCCCACUGAUGUUUGGGGUCUGUGCAGAGCAGCACGGCAACACACAGCGUGCAGCUGAAUGCCUGGAGCACUUGGGCACUGCUGCACUCCUUGCUGCGAGCGAGGGGACCUCUCAAGUGGUUUGGAGUGUCUGGCUGAUGCAAAGGCUGUGCUUGUGGAAGUGCUAUAUUGGGAAAAGGGAGUUUAUUGUUAGCAUGGGUUUCCAUCGCGGUUCCUGAGCACUUAACUGGAUAGGUUUGUUUGUCUUUAAUUAGUGAACGCCAUGAAGGAAACAGGCCACAAUGUGAAACUUAAAGCAAUCAAUAUUUCAAAUACCAUAUGAGCUAUGCUGUCAUAAAAAUGCGUUUCAGUGAUGUUUCUCUCGUAAUGUACUCGUUAAGCAGGGAAGUUUCCUCUCUGAGAUGGAUCUAGUGUGUCUUCUGGCCAUAACAAUAAGGAAUCUGUGUUAACAGUUGCAGAGGAGCAUGGAGAGGUGCGGCACUGCUGUCGCUGCUGCCUGCAGAAGGGGAAGCAGCCGGCAGCAUUGCUGCGUUUGUGAGCAGCAGAAAUGUUUUUUCUGAAGGCUUUGACGUCACGGGAGCACAACAAACACCAAAUGCUGUUCGUGCAGAUACCCUCGGUACAGGCAUUGCACAGGAGGAUCAUUUCCCUUGCACAUCCCGCUCGUUACAAUGACUCACUGUUGCAUUCAGCUCCCUCGGAUGCGGCGCUGCUAGCCAAUCUGUAUCCAAGGUGAUGGUAUUUUCUAUGGUGCAUUGUAACAGACUGCGUUCCCUGCUUCCUUUGCGUACGGGCUGAUGGACGUGCUGCCUUCUGCUUUGGCUGUGCUGAAUUGUGUAAAUGCAACUCCUUUUUCUGGACACUGAUUAGGAAAAAAACUGAGAAAUGUGGUUUUGUUUUUUUCUAAUGUCUGUAAUCGCUGGAGCUGGGAAAGUGAUCUUCCUUUGUGUGUAUAUUUGGAGUUUGAAGAGAUUGUUCCCUCGGUUACUUUAUGCAUGGUUUGCCCCAUUGUACUCCUGAUGCUUCUGCGCUAUCUCGGUGUGCUUUGUCUCGGUGGAUGAAGUGCUGGAGAGCAAACCGGUGGCUCUAGCCUGUUUGUUUCCUUACUGCCCUGUUUCCUUAUUGCCCCAUUUCCCUGCCGUGCUGUGUGGGAUAGGAAUGCUCAGCUCUUGGUGUUGAUGGUUCUCCAUCUCCAGCAGCAGCUUCUCCUCGCCUGGCGUGCUUUGAGCAGCUUCUCCUUGAGCAGCACAUGGUGCCAUGAGGGGAAGCCAAGGGUUGGGAGGAAGCUGACACCCCGUGGAAUGCAGUUCCCUUCUCAGCUUUGUGUCAGAUUGAUUAAACUUGAAACAAAGGCGGCCUUUUCAAUAAAAGCUGCUAUUGUACAA